AUGGUGCGUUGUAUCAGCAAGGACAACGUCAAAUUCUCUGAGGAGAAAAAUCCUGCUUUAUUAAGUCCUUACCAACAAAUUUCGCCAUUGACCGGUCACCAUUCUCAUGCCGGCAACCGAGCCAACUUCAGUCAAUCACAGCUAGAUAACUUAGACCAGCAUGAAGCACGCUUGGAGAUUCUAGAAGAUGGGACUGUACUUGCUGGGUGGUUUUCGUCCGAAGAUUGUGAAAAUCCUCGGAAUUGGCAAUACUGGAAGAAGCUGUUUGUUUUGAUGGUAGUAUGCGUGAAUACAUUUGUGGUGUAUAUGGCUGCCCCUAUCUACUCGCCAGCAUAUUCAUCCGUCGAGGCCGAUUUUAAGACGAGCGAGCUCUAUUCAACUCUCGGCCUGGCACUCUACGUACUCGGAUAUGGCUUUGGCCCACUCCUCUUCAGCCCUCUCAGCGAGAUACCGGCAAUUGGGAGGAAUCCUCCGUAUGUUGUAUCAUUUGCCUUGUUUUGCAUCUUUUCCGUACCCACAGCACUUGUCGCCAAUGCACCUGGAUUUAUGGUGCUGAGGUUUCUGCAAGGAUUCUUUGGAAGUCCAAUAUUGGCCACCGGGGGCGCUUCUAUUGCCGACAUCUUUGACGAGACCUCCUUACCGCACGCGAUGUCGUUUUGGGUCGUCCCUUGCUAUUUCGCGCCAGCAGUCGGACCCAUCAUAUCGAGUUUUGCCAUACCGGCGCUCGGUUGGAGGUUCUCAAUGUGGGAGGUACUAAUAUCAGCUGGCCCAGUCAUGCUGCUCCUACUUUUUGUGCCCGAGACGAGCUCCUCGACAUUGUUAUUUCGACGCGCGCAGAGGCUGCGACAGCUUACAGGCACCAGAAUUUCAUCGGCAUCUGAAGUAGCUCAAUCUCACUUGAGUCUAAAGAAUGUCGUGGUUGAGUCGCUGCUUAUGCCCCUUAAGAUAACAGUAUUGGAUCCGGCGAUACUCUUUGCAGAGAUUUACACUUCGCUCAUCUAUGGGAUUUAUUACUCUUUUUUUGAAGCUUUCCCCCUUGUCUACGAAGAUAUCUACGGUCUUUCGCCCGCUGAGUCAACCCUGCCCUUUAUCGCAUGCAUCGCAGGUUGCAUCGUGGCUGCGGGUUGUUACCACGCAUAUCUUCAUCAGAUCCAUAUCCCGGCUCUGCGAAAGAGUGCCGAAUUGUCGCCAGAGGCUCAACUGAUUCCCGGGCUCUUUGCCUCUAUCGCCCCACCCAUCGGCCUACUCCUUUUCGGCUGGGCUGCUAACGCUUCAGUGCAUUGGAUUGUCCCUACUCUGGGGAUUGUCAUAUAUCCAGCUGGCGUCUUCGUCCUUAUGCAAUGUAUGUUCAUGUACAUACCCGCGAGUUAUCCGCAGUACGCGGCGAGUCUCUUUGCGGCUUCAGAUGCUACAAGGUGUUCAUUCGCUUGCGCCGCGGUCCUUUUUGCAACACCGUUAUACAAAAAUCUUGGUAUCGGGCCAGGUUGCUCCUUACUUGCUGGCUUGACAAUUCUUUGUGCAUUUGGGCUCUAUGGACUAUAUCGAUACGGGGCUGCCUUAAGAGCUCGAUCAAAGAUAACAGUCAAAUCAUAA